AUGGCGACGACCAGCCCGCAUUCCGACGACGAUGAUCCCAACCUGCUCCUCAGUGACGCCGACCCCGCGCUGUCCAUGAGCUCCCAGUCCGUGCCCAUGCAGAAGCGCCGCCGAGUCGGCCGAGCCUGCGACGAGUGUCGUCGCAAGAAGAUCAAGUGCGACGGGAAGCAGCCCUGCACUCAUUGCACCGUCUACAGCUAUGAAUGUACCUACGAUCAGCCCUCCAACCGCCGCCGCAAUCCCGCCCCACAGUAUGUUGAGGCUCUCGAGACGCGCCUGCACAAGGCCGAGGCCCUACUCCGGGCGGUUCUGCCGGACGUGAACCUCGAUGACCCGCAGCUAGACGUGCACGCGACAAAACAAAGCUUGGCCGCCACAAAAAAGGAGACCCCCGGAGCUGUGACUAAACCGUCGGCCCCGGCGCCCGGUCCGUCCGAGCCCGCGCCAGAAGGCGGGGAGGAGGGUUUACUAGAAACUAUGGUCGGUAACUCGGGCUUAUUGGAUCGAGAUGACCAGGGGCAUUGGGACUAUCAUGGACACACCUCCGGCAUUAUAUUCGUGCGCCGGCUCCGGAAACAGCUCGGCGCUACGGAUGCGCCUGGGCCGAUGUCCCGGGCCUCGCCAAUGAGGGCGAAGAUGUUGGAAAGCCCCAAAUCCGUGUCCGAGUCGCCGCAGGACUCGACACUUCCUCCCACACAUGAUCUACCGUCACGAGCGACUGCGCGCCGCCUGUGCCAUAACGCGAUCGAUGACGCCUGCUGCUUGAUGCGGUUUGUACAUGAGCCUUCCUUCUUCGCCUACUUUGAUCGUAUCUACGACACUCCGCCAGAACAGUUUGGCAAUGAGGAGAAUGCGUUCUUGCCACUACUGUAUAUCGUCAUGGCCGUCGGGUGUCUGUUCUCGGAUGAUGGAGCUGGUACUUUGGAUUUGGCGGGCUAUGAGAGUGCAAUCGACCAAGGGUUUCAAUUCUUCAAGGCCGGUCGACAACUGUUGGAGAUUACCGAUUGCCGCGACUUGAUGUCACUACAAGCGAUCUGCUUCAUGGUGCUUUUCUUGCAGUCUUCUGCGAAGCUGAGCACCUGCUAUUCUUACGUGGGCAUUGCGCUUCGUUCGGCGCUGCGUCUAGGCCUUCAUCGCUCCGUGGCCGCCGAUUUCAACCCCGUUGAGCGAGAACUACGCAAACGCAUUUUUUGGGUUGUCCGCAAAAUGGAUGUCUACGUCAGCACGCUUCUGGGCCUCCCGCAGAUGUUGAGUGACGACGACAUCGACCAGGAAUAUCCGUUGGCAGUGGACGGGGAGUUCAUCACCCCGGAGGGCAUCGCCUCCAUGCCGUCCGGCUAUACCCCGUUAAUGGCGGGUUGUAAUGCACACACACGCCUUUCUAACAUUAUCCUGAAAGUCGUCAAGUACAUAUACCCCGUGAAGAACGCUCGGUACCGCUCGAAAUCCGAUCAGCGAUACAUGGUGAGCCACUCCAAGAUUCGCGAAAUCGAGCGUGAUCUCCAAGCAUGGAUGGAGGAAUUGCCGCCGGCGUUACGCCCGGGGACGGAGGUGUCGCCACAACUAGAACGUAUUCGACAGCUACUGCGCAUUAGUUAUGCUCAUGUGCAAAUAGUCAUGUACCGCCCCUUCUUGCAUUAUGUGACGGGCGGCUCUCAAGCACGAGGCGUGGACAAGCGAUCUUACGCUUGCGCCGCCGCGUGCGUCAGCGUCUCGAGAAAUAUCGUCCACAUUACGACCGGGAUGCAUAAGAGGGGUCUUCUCAACGGCUCGUUCUGGUUUACGAUGUACACGACUUACUUUGCUAUCCUUUCACUGAUCUUUUUCGUGGUGGAAAACCCUGAUUCACCAACAGCCAAGGAUGGUGUCCUCAAAGAUGCCAUGGAAGGAAAGAAUACCCUAGCUGGGCUGGCCAAGAAGAGUCUGGCUGCAGACCGGUGUUCCCAAAGCCUGACCUGCCUUUUCAAGACUCUGCCGGAGAUAUUGAAGAAUCGCCAGAGCUCGAAAGCGUCAGUCAACCUCAAGCGGCCGGCGCCGCCAAAUCGUUCAACAGAGGCAGCCAAGACGCAAACUCAGCAUACUCUGCCGCAUCGUUUAAGCACCUUCUCUGUCCAACCCGCAUCCCAGGCUGGCGUGGAGGAUGCCUCGAGCCGUCGACAACCGGGUCUGGACGAUAAGCAGACUAAUCUGCCCACGGAGAGUGGUACUCAAUCGGCAUGGAUAGCAGAGACGCCGGAGCUGCUGACCGAAACCAUGUCUACGCCGGAACAGAUUCAGACAACAAGUUCCUUGAACCCUUCUCUGUCCCAACAAGAAGCAUCGAGCCUUGCAUUCUCCCAACAAUUCAACAAUCCGGCCAAUCUCCCGGAUCUCAUGCCGAUGAUGUUUCCGUCAGACGAUCCAUUCGCAUACCCCACUCAACCCAUGUCCACUCUGGAAGACGAUCACUUCUGCCACGAUCGACCGGGUAUGUCUUCAUCGCAGUAUGCCUUUGAUCAAACAGGGAUGCCGCCCACGACUCCAAGUAACCCAUCAAGCGCGGGCGUCACCACUCCUAGCUUCGAGGCCUUCCCUAACCUCCCUUAUCUCCCCGGCGGGCCACCCUCGGGUGUCAAAUCGUCCGUGCCAAGCCGUUUGCACGGCACAUCCCAACCCAUGAGCCCAUCCCGCCUGCAAUCCCCGAUGACGCAAACUCCAGUAAGUGGCAGUGAAUCACUAGGCAGUCCAGACCUGGUGUCGAUCCCCAACAACAACUUUGUGUGGCAAGGAUACAACUUCCAGCCCUCGAACAUGGCCACGGAACAACAAGCCACGCAGCAGGACCUUUCUCCCAGUACCCAAAUGCAGGACUUGAAUAUGGGCAUGGAUAUGGAUCUCGGUAUCUCGUUUGACGACCUGUUCGGCAAUCGACCUGGCGGUGGCGGGGCGUCCAACGAAGAAUGGAUGCAGUGGAUGAAUGUGGGUGUUUGA